AUGACGGACAGGAAAGUCGUUCCUGGCUUGAAUCGCCUCCUUCUGCUCGCACCCGUGCCACCUGCAUCGCCGCAUUCUGCUCCGCCAUCUCCUCCCUGCGCCGCUGUGUGGGGUCGGGUGUGGGGGAAAGGGGGAGAGGACAUGCUGUAUUGGAAAAGAAACUACCCUCUUCUUGCACUCACCCGCACCAUCUGCAUGGCUGCAUUCUGCUCCGCCAUCUCCUCCCUGCGCCUCCGUGUCGCUGCAGCAUGUGAGAGCGCGACGAUGGCCACUUGGUCUGCCACUGCUUCCACCAUCUCCACCUCGUGCGGCUGCCACUGCCUGGUGGGUGGGGGAGACAAGGAUAGGGAUUGUGAAAGGCAGGGGGGGGAAAGAGGGGGGACACGGAGUGAGAGGAAGGCGAUAGUGACUGGGACUGCCACUGCCUCCACCAUCACCACCAUCUCCACCAAGGCGCGCGCGUGGACCAAGGCGCGCGCGUGGACCAAGGCGCGCGCGUGGACCAAGGCGCGCGCGUGGACCAAGGCGCGCGCGUGGACCAAGGCGCGCGCGUGGACCAAGGCGCGCUCGUGGACCAAGGCGCGCGCGUGGACCAAGGCGCGCUCGUGGACCAAAGCGCGCUCGUGGACCAAGGCGCGCUCGUGGACCAAGGCGCGCUUGUGGACCAAGGCGCGCGCGUGGACCAAGGCGCGCUCGUGGACCAAGGCGCGCGCGUGGACCAAGGCGCGCGCGUGGACCAAGGCGCGCUCGUGGACCAAGGCGCGCUCGUGGACCAAGGCGCGCUCGUGGACCAAGGCGCGCUUGUGGACCAAGGCGCGCUCGUGGAUCAAGGCGCGCGCGUGGACCAAGGCGCGCUCGUGGACCAAGGCGCGCUCGUGGACCAAGGCGCGCUCGUGGAUCAAGGCGCGCGCGUGGACCAAUGCGCGCGCGUGGACCAAGGCACGCUCAUGGACCAAGGCGCGCGCGUGGACCAAGGCGCGCUCGUGGACCAAGGCGCGCUCGUGGACCAAGGCGCGCGCGUGGACCAAGGCGCGCACGUGGACCAAGGCGCGCGCGUGGACCAAGGCGCGCGCGUGGACCAAGACGCGCUCGUGGACCAAGGCGCGCUCGUGGACCAAGGCGCACUCGUGGACCAACUCGCUCGCUUGGACCAGGGCUUGA